UUUCAGUAUUUUGUUUAACAAUUAUUUAUAAAGAAUGGCGAUGUGUUACCAAAAACAUCCUUUCGAAAUCGAGUCCGAAGACAAACUGACGAGCAUAAACACGAAAAUAUUUGAAAUCAAAAAGAAAAUACAACUUUCAGAGGGCCAAAGAAAAUCCCAUUACGAAGAAUACGAACAAGAAAAGAGGCAAAACAAUGACUUGAUAGACACACUCAAGAAGGAAAUAAAGUUGCGGGUCAAUGAACUGACGCAGGCCAAAGCUGUCAUCGGUGAAGAAGAAGAACAGGUCAAGAAGUACCUCAACAGCGUCUGUCCUAUUGGCAAGAAGACUUCUGAAGAGAUAAUCCACAAUCUAGACCUGAAAGUAAUAGAACAGCGGAAGCUACUGGACCUGUUGAAGUAUGACAGUAGAAAGAAGAAGCACCGACUGAAAGUUCUAGAGACAGAAUAUGAACACUUACUCAUAGAGAGCACCAAGGGGGAACUUGUCAAAUCCAAGAUACAUAGUGCUGCUAGAAAGAAUAUAUCACAUUUAGAAAAUGAGAUACACAAAGUUCUUAUUCAGUGGACUGAAGCGGAAUUGGUGAAGAAAAAAUACAUGUCUAUUAGACAGGCGCUGAUAGACGAUGCGGUGAAGUUCGAAAGCUCUCUCGGCCGCAUCGAAGAUAUAUUAAAGAAACAAAGGGAAGAAAUAAAGAAACUUGAGUUCGUGCGCGAGGAGGCAGCAGAGAUGCGCAUACGAGCGACAGCAGCCACAGCCGCGGAGGCUGCGCGGGCGCACGACGCCGAGCAUGCGCGGGCCGCCGAGCGAGCAUACUUCGCGCAACGCUUCGAGGAGAGGAAGCGGGAGUUAGAAAAAUUGGAAAAGAGGAUAUUCCCACCGCCUGCGCGGCCCUUACGCACGGAGUCCAACCGUUCUACUGAAGGAGACGCCACUACGGAGGAAGCCACGGCACAACAGCAGAUGGAAGAAAUCUUCCAGAGGUUGAUGAAACUUACAGGAGUGACAGACGCGGAGGAAGUCUUCGAUCGGUUCCGCGGUCAGCGCGAAACGUCCAAGCGGCUGGCUUAUCUGCAACAGACCACGGAGGAGGAGAAGCUUGAGUUGGAACACACGCAGACCUCGCUCAUGGCUGAGCUGGAGGCGUUCAAGUUUGCUUCUGUUAAGGACAAGGAUGAAGGACAAGACCAGAUAAACGCGCUGAAAGAAGAAAUAAAGCAAGAAGAAGCGGUUUAUGCUGAGCUGGAGAAAAAGCUUGAUGAGUUGGAGACGUUUCUUCUGGAGAUCAAGAGGCUUCUCUAUGAGCUUUGCAAGCUGUUAGACGUGAUACCAGAUCCCCCGAUGCCGGAAUGGACGGCCGAGGCGCGCGAUGUGCAAGAGUUGGUGGACGUACUGACUGCCAGGUUCGCCAAGGGCCGCACCAGGGCUGACGAGAUCCGGGAGAAAUUGCCUGACUCCACUGCCAUCGUUAUACCUUCUAACCCAACAAGCGGAUCUCCGUCAGUGGCUGGGCUCAGUAUGCAUAGUCAUAGCACGCAGAAGGAGGUAGAGAAGAAUGUGCCCACUUACAAGGAGUUACUACAGAAGGAGCCAGUCAGAUCUCCACCUUCCGAUGAUGAAGAGGAUAUUCCUUCUCGGUGCUACCUGAAGCGGCAAGCGCAGGUCAUAGUAGACACCAAGUGCAGGAGAAAAGGAUUCCGACCGCCUUACCCUAAGAAAUAAAGUCAUCAUCAGCCUAUUAACGUCCCCACUGCUGGGGCACGGGCCUUCCCUAUGGAUGGAUAGGAAGAUCGGACCUUAAACCAUCACGCGGGCCCAGUGCGGAUUGAUUGUUAUUAACGACUGGUAAUGCAGCCGGGACCAACGGCUACACACAGGAA